AUUGUUUCUUUGGUUUCGGAGCCGAAAUUAUUUGCUAUCGACUUCAGCUCCACAAUCACAUAAGGAGACGGAAAAAUGGCUGGCGGCAAGGCAGGAAAAGACAGCGGCAAAGCCAAGGCGAAGGCCGUGUCUCGCUCCCAGAGGGCUGGGCUGCAGUUCCCAGUGGGUCGUAUCCACAGGCACUUGAAGACUCGUACAACCAGCCACGGACGUGUAGGAGCCACAGCAGCUGUGUACAGUGCAGCUAUCCUCGAGUACCUCACUGCUGAAGUACUAGAGUUGGCGGGUAAUGCCUCCAAAGACUUGAAGGUGAAGCGUAUCACUCCCCGUCACUUGCAGCUGGCCAUCCGUGGUGACGAGGAGUUGGACUCCCUUAUUAAGGCAACAAUUGCUGGAGGAGGUGUCAUUCCCCACAUCCACAAAUCCCUCAUUGGGAAGAAGGGCCAGCAGAAGACUGCAUAGACGCCACGGGGACCAGAAUUUUCGGGGCUUGGGCUUUGAUCGGACCAGGAGUUCACAUUUGUUCUUUUUUAUUAUUAAUAUUAUAGCAACGAAGAUUGAUUGUUAGGAUUUGUUUUGUAAUAUUUCUUAUCCCAUAACUAGAAAAGUACAAAAAAACCCUUAACGACAAAAAAAAAAAAAAAACCCAACCUUUGUAUGUUAUUGUAGAACGUUUGACUGGGGAGUUCAUUAUUAUUUCAAAUGGUGACCGUGGAUUUGUUUGAUUGGCCUGGGACUCUGUAAUGUUUUAUACUGAAAAAAAAAUGUUAAAACCGUUUUUUAUAUAAAAAAAAAAAAACUUG